CCACGGAGGUGGGGGGAACUGGCGGUUGCGGAGAGAAGAGUGCGAGGGAGGGAAGACGCAAGCCGUCACGGUGGCGCAACGCCGGCCACCAGCGAGGGAGCCAUUCGAAUCGCCGGCCACCGCUGCGCCCCGAACCCACCUCGCUCACCGCACCGCAUGCUCGCUCGCUCAGGCCGCGGGUGAUCGAUCGACCGAUGGCGAGCUCGCUGGCCCGCAUGGGAGCGGCGCUGCCCCGCGCGCGACCGCGCCCGCGCGCCGCGGCGAGGUUCCCGCCACCGGGGCGGUGGGACUCCUCCGCGGCGGCGCCCUGGGCCUGCCGCCGCGCUCCGAUGUACGGUUUCAGAUGUCAAGUUCACUCUGAUGUCAAAGUAGGCCCGACAUCAGGAUUAAAAGAUGGGGGAAAUUCUUCUGAAAAUUGGAGGAUCAAGAUGCUCUAUGACGGUGAUUGUCCACUAUGUAUGCGUGAGGUAAACAUGCUGAGGGAAAGAAACAAAUCCUAUGGAGCUAUAAAAUUUGUUGACAUAAGCUCGAAAGAUUAUUCUCCACAGGACAAUCAGAACCUUGAUUAUGAAACUGCCAUGGGGAGGAUACAUGCUAUACUUUCAGAUGGAACCGUAGUCACAGAUGUUGAGGCAUUUAGAAGGUUGUAUGAGGAAGUGGGACUUGGUUGGGUUUAUGCUGUUACUAAGUAUGAGCCUGUAGCUGCAAUAGCAAAUGCAAUAUAUGGUGUGUGGGCCAAAUACCGUAUGCAAAUUACAGGUCGACCUCCACUAGAGGAGAUAAUGGAGUCCAGAAAACAAGCAGCCGAAUGCAAAGACGAUAAAGUGUGCAAAAUGUGAGCAACGAAACAUUGGCCUGCUCUGCUGCAUAAUGCUUCCCUACAUACGCUUAGGUAGACACACAUACAUAACUAAUCUUACCAGGCAUUAUCAUUAUGCCUAGUGCUAUGGAUAAGAUUACGGAAACGAUGAUACAGUAAUUUGCCUGAGAUGUAACAGUGGUAUUUGUCCAAAUCAACGAUAAAUAAAUCUCCAGAAAAAUAUUAAA